CGUAAACGGAUGAUCUCGUAACUUGUAACAAUUAUAUAGUAGAAGUAGAGUUCCAGUUCAGGCAAGACUGCAAGACCGUUUUUCGCAGGCGAAUGGUGGAAUGUGGAACUGAUCAACAAGUAUAGUUGAGAGUUUUAUAAUUAUAACGGUAGCCCAUGAAUUAAUAUGAAUUAAUAAUUGCAAAAUGUAUCGAAUAUAUAUACCAAAGUAGACCAGGUACACCGGUAUGUUUUUAUUACAUUCCGCUACACUUCACCACCUUAUCUUGAUGAUAAUUUCUGAGGAUUAAUCAUCGUGGAGAAUAUAGUUGAACAACGAAAAACAAGUAACAUUGAUGAUGUUCUUGAUGAUCUUGUUGUUUAAAAAUUGUAAUUAAAUCACCGGAACGUUAGCGAAGAAAAAUUAUGAGCUAAAGAGGAGUUUGGAACCAAUUUAUAUUAUCCUGAGAAGCUGGACUUCCAAUGAAAAUAAAGAAGAAAAUGUGUUUUCGAGUUAAAACCUGUAAAGCCUUUAAUAAGAAGUAUGGGCUUACCCGAAACAAAUUGAUAAUAUAACAUUCUACAAAUACAAUGGCCAAACCAUUGAGAUCAAAUGCAGUUAAAAACAAGGAUCGAGAAUUUUAUGAAUAGCCUUGUGUUCUCAUCAGAUGCAUAUGCAGAGAAAGAAAAUAAUAUACCUUAAAAUUAGAAAUCAAGAACAGAGCCUCAAAAAUGCUCAAAGCUCAAUGAAAAUUUUUUUAAAACACAGCAAGGAUGGAAUAUCAAGCGUAUCCAGAUGUCCUGUUGAGACAGUAACUUCAAAAGGAACCAGAAGUAUCAUCAAUUUUCACAAGUUUGUACCAAUGGACAAAGUAUCAGGCUAGAAAAUAUGGGGGACAAGAAUAUCUCAGAGUUGGACUCAAAUUCUAGCAUGGAAAUGGUUUUUAAUGCGGAAUCCCCAGAUUACAAGAGGAAAAAAUCUUCUAACCAAUCGCUCACCAGUGCUAUAGAAACAUCCUCUUGUAUGCUUUCGCUCGAUCGUUGCGAGUUAGCUUCGUGGGGUCUGCCUUUAACAAUAUUACGAAAAUACGAAUCUCACGGUAUUACUAGUAUGUUUCCGUGGCAGGUCGAAUGUCUUUCGAAUGCAAAAUUGAUCGAGAGAAAUCGUAAUCUCGUUUACUCAGCACCAACAUCAGCUGGAAAGACAUUGGUUGCAGAAAUUCUUGUAAUAAAAACAAUCCUGGAGCGAAAGAAAAAAGUUAUUUUUAUAUUGCCAUUUAUUUCAGUAGUACGUGAAAAAAUGUAUUAUUUUCAAAAUUUGCUCACCGAAAGUGGUUUUCGAGUGGAAGGAUUUAUGGGCGGAUGUGCACCAACCGGCGGAUUUGCAGCUACAGAUAUGGCGAUUGCAACAAUAGAGAAAGCAAAUUCACUCCUGAAUCAAUUAAUGGAAGAAGGCAAUCUUUCCGAUCUCGGCGCGGUCGUUAUCGACGAAUUGCAUCUUCUGGGAGAUCCGCAUCGUGGCUAUUUGCUCGAACUUUUGCUCACGAAAUUAAAAUAUAUGAAUCUUCGAGAUGAGAAAGUUCACGUGCAGUUAAUAGGAAUGUCAGCAACUUUACCGAAUCUCGUACUUUUGGCGAAAUGGCUAGAUGCAGAGCUUUACAGAACGGAGUUUCGUCCAGUGCCUCUGAACGAACUUUGCAAAAUCGGCGAUAUAAUUUACGACCGUGAAAUGCGAUCUAUACGUAAUUUACAGAAGAAUCCUUCGCUCGUCGACGACCCGGACAACGUUCUUCAAUUGUGCAUUGAAACGUUGUCGGACAAUAACAGCGUAUUGAUUUUUUGCCCAACGAAGAAUUGGUGCGAAACAUUAGCACGGCAAAUAGCUACAAAAUUCUGUAAUCUCGGACAUGAAAAUAAAUCGAUCGGCUCGAUUUUGAGAGAACAAUUGACUAGAGAAACAAUUAUGGAAACUUUAGAACAGUUGAAACGAUGUCCGGCGGGUUUGGACAACGUUUUGAAAAGCACAGUUUCCUUCGGAACAGCUUUUCAUCAUGCUGGUCUCACAAUGGAUGAGCGGGAGGUUAUCGAAGGAGCUUUUCGUUCAGGGGCGAUAAGAGUUCUAACAGCAACUUCGACCUUGAGCUGUGGCGUCAAUUUACCAGCACGACGAGUCAUCAUUAGAUCGUUGAUGUUUCAUGGCAAGCCUUUGGACACGUUGAGUUACAAACAAAUGAUUGGAAGAGCAGGCCGGAUGGGAAAAGAUACAGCCGGCGAAUCCAUUCUCAUAUGUAAAAAUAACGAAAUUCGUGCAGCAACGAGUUUGCUUUCGUCAGGUUUACCACCCAUUGAGUCUUGUCUCGAAGGCUCUGAGCCUAUGAUUCGAGCUUUAUUAGAAGCUGUAGCAAGCGAAGUAGCAUACACCGUGAAAGAUAUUGAGCUUUAUGCAAAAUGCACUCUCGUCAGUGUCACAAGUGAAGAUUUAAUGGAGACAUCAAUUAUGAAAGCAAUCAAAUUUUUAGUCGACAACGAACUUUUUUUGCUUCAAACUAACGAAAACGGUGAUCAAAGAUGGAUCGCAACGCAGUUGGGAAAAGCGUGUUUAGCCGCAUCAAUCCCACCGACUGACGGAUUGUUUAUUUUUGAAGAAUUACAAAAAGCUCGAAAAUGCUUUGUCCUUGAUACCGAAUUACACGUUGUUUAUCUCGUAACUCCUAUAAAUUCGAGCAAUCAAAUCGGUCAAAUCGACUGGUUCGCAUUCAUGAAUAUUUGGAAGAAUUUAACCGAGAGUGAAAGACGAGUUGGCCAGUUGGUUGGCAUUGAAGAGAACAUCAUCAUAUCGGCAAUUCGUGGCUCCAUGAAAAAUGGAAAAGUUCUUGACGUUCACAAACGUUUUUACACCGCUAUGGCUCUCCACGAUCUUGUUCGAGAAAUUUCGUUGAUCGAUGUGUGUCGGAAAUAUGGAGUUUGUCGAGGUGUCAUUCAGAGUCUUCAACAAUCUGCAGCUACUUUCGCCGGUAUGGUUACACAAUUUUGUAAAAAACUUGGUUGGGAUUGUAUGGAAUUGUUGAUCGGUCAGUUUCAGGCGAGAUUGCAGUUCGGAGUUUGUCGUGAAUUGCUCGACCUUCUUCGAUUACCAACGCUCAACGGUCUUCGAGCGAGAAGCCUUUACAAGGAAGGCAUCACUUCUGUUUCCGAAUUGGCGGUUGCUAAUGUACUCGAUGUUGAACGAGGUUUGCACAAAGCUUUGCCAUUUGAAAGUGGAAAAGAAUACAAUGGCGAGGACAAGUUCGAUGCUGCUAAGAGAAACAAAAUACGAAGUGUUUUCGUUACCGGGAGAGACGGCCUAACAAUCCACGAAGCUGCAAUUAUAUUAGUCACGGAAGCAAGAACAUUCCUCCAAAAUGAAUUGGGACUUGAUGAUUUACAGUGGAGACAGCGAGAACAUCUCACUAAAGUAACUCAAUCUUCCGAUUUGAGCACAAGAAAAUUUUCGACGGAAUCGAUAGAUGAAUCGACAAUCGGAGAAUCUGUCGCUGUCACUGAUGAUCGUGUUGAUCGAGACAAAAUCAAAGAACUUCAAGAACCACAAAUUGUUAAAAAUCACGCUGGAAUUGGAAAAACAGACGCGCAAAUUCAAGAAACCACUUUGGAAAGUAUGGAAUCGAAAUCGGAAGGAGGAACACGUUUAUCUGGAAAUUGGACAGAAACCUGUUUUCGCACGAGUAGUUCGAUCGAGCACGUACAAUCGCAGACUAACGAUAAAACUUUAGAAAAAAAUGUGGAGAAUGCCGAAGAGUUGAGCGUUCCAGAGAAAGUAGCGGUUAAUGCAUCGAAUUGUCGAAACGGCAUUUCCCAAGAAUCUUUUGAAACCUCAGUUGCACGAAAAUGUGUUGAAUCAAAAGACGUUAUCAUGCAUUCGAAAGUUGACGAGAAAAUUGAUAUAGAAGGUACUUUUGAAUUUACUGAUAUUAUAAGUUCCGUUAAUUCGGAAGUAAAGAGCACCGGAUCGAAAACUGGUGGAGAUAUUUGUGAAAAAAAUCUUUGUGGACUAUCGAAAACUUUGAGUGUUCAUAAUUCUGACAAAGUUAUUGUUACAUCAGAUUCUCGAAAAAUAACGUCCAAAAGGAUUUCCAAAGAAAAUGUUGUUGGGCACAAGACUCAAAGAACUAUGUCUGAAGAUGUUAAUUCUUCGAAGAUCAAUAAGGAAACAUUUAUGGAAGAUACUUUUGAAUUUACUAAUACCCCAAAUUCUGUCGAUCCAGACGUAAUAAUAAUUGGAACGAAAACUGGUGAAAAAAUACAUAAUGAAUAUGUUUCGAAGCUGGAAAAUAAUCGAAAUUCAAUAAAUUCGAAAGCUGAUAUUGUUUCGCCUAUGGCUCUGAGAACCUUAUCCAAAGAAAUUUCCGAUUUUGGUGAUAAUAAUAAGGAGAUACUCAGUUCAAAUAAUGUUGAAAAAGAAAUAUUGAUGGAAGAUACGUUUGAAUAUCCUGGGACCCCAAAUUCAGUUGAUCAAGACGUAAUGAUAAUUGGAUCACAAACUAGACAGGAAAUUUACAAGGAAAAUGUGCCUCAGUCAGUGAAAACACCAAACAUUAUCAAUUCGAAAGUAAACACGGUUCCACCGAAGUAUAAAACCAUGUCUGAAGACAUUUACGAUUUGGAAAGAUCCACAAAGUUUAUAAAUCUGGAAGAAAUCUCUACCCCAAAAACUGGUGACUCUGUUUUCAAUAAAAUAUUCAAGUUCACCGGCACGCAAGGGAAAACGAUCGAUCCGGAAGAAAAUGCAAUGGGUCCAAGCGUCAAAGUUUCAAUUACGAGUCCAAUAGUUUUUUAUCGAGAAUCAUUGUCGAAAGAUCCAGAUUCUCGGAGUCCAAGCUUGUUUGAUGACAGUUUGAAUCUCGACACUCAAGAGUGUAAUAUGCUUGAGCAAAAUGUAAUAGACUCUUUGAACAUUUCAGCAUUCGGCGAGACAAAUUUGAACAUUGGGUCAGAAAGAAACACAUUGGAAAACCAAAGAUCAAAUUCAAUGAAAACCAACCGUAAAAGGAGUGCGGGCAGUCAGAGGAAAUCUUCAUCAAUUAAUUCUAAUCCACGACCAUUGUUAAGUACAUCAGAUCUAUUGGAUAAGAGCAGCAAGUCAUUGGUCUGGGGUGAUGAUUCGUGGAACAAUACCAACGAUAUUGUAGAUCCUGAAAAUAUUUUUAACGGCACAAGAAUUAUUUCUAGGAAUUUUUCUACUCCACCGAAUAGUAAAAUUAAGGAAAAGCCAGAAACUUCGCAGAGACGCGAUCACGAAGAUCGAUUGUUUCCUAGGAAUCGUGUUACGGAAUUGCAGAGAACAGCUAAAAAGCGAAAAUCCAGUGAUUCUAAUAUUGAAGUAUCACCAAUAGCUAGAAGCAUUAAAUUAACCGAAGUACAAAGAUUGUCGACAGAUUCUUAUAAAUCUGAUUCCGACGACGUUGUAAGACCAUCGCAGAACACCCGUUCAUCGAUAAACGUUACUAAAAAUCAUACCAGAAUGAAGUUGGAGUCAUUACGAAGAUCACGUACCCGACAGAAACAAAACCAGAAAUCGGAACAACUAGAAGAUAAUUUAAUGGUAAAAAAAUUACAUUGUGAACGUUGCAGUAUUGGAAGUACCGUUUCGAGUUUCGACGAGAAUAGUCCAGUAAACCAACAAAGUAUUUUGAAGAAAAAUAUAAAUAUUUUGCCUGCGGAGAAAAAAGCUUCGAAACUGCGAAAAAGACUGCUCAGCCCGGGGAAGAAAAAUAUCGAUAAAACGAGAUUUAAAAAACCUGCAUCAAUUUGCCCAAAAGAACUUCAAGUUGUAAACGUCACUAGCGAUUUGACAUUAUUCAAUCAAUUUCAAAAAGAAUUAUUGAGUAAACGCGACAUUGCAUUGGCUCUUGCGUGCGAUAUUUAUUCCAACAAUUCUAACAGUAUUGGCACGAAAAUCAUUGGCAUUACGUCGAUCGAUGGCAGAAAGAAAACAAAGAAAAUUGAUAAUUGUGUUUAUGGAAAUAAGAAAAUCUGUGGCGUCGCGAUUUCGUGGGAUGGAGUCGUCGUGCAGUAUAUUUCUUUCGAUAACACUCGUGAAUCUAAGGUGCCCGUUAAAGAAAGGCUGGAUCUUUUGACGCGUAUACUAACUACAUCGAGCUUGACAGUCCGCUGUUUUUCAUUCAAGGAAACGUACAAGAUCUUGUACAAUUGUUGCAGAAUAACAUCGUCGUGCAAGUUUCUCGAUCCAAUAACCGCGGACUGGUUAUUGAAUCCAGACAAUUCGGAUCGAUGUUUCAACAGCCUGAUUGCAGAACAUUUAUCUGAAGGCCGAUUUUUAUUACAACGUACUGAAACUGCUUCUGGAUUGAAUGUAAAAAGUCUCGUAUCGAGCGAAAUUCGAGCCACUACAGAAGCUGCUCUAACUUGGCAUCUUACAAAUAAUCUUAUAACAAAAUUGGAAGCAUGUAGCUCAAAAUUGUUGGAAACUUUUCGAGAUGUUGAAAUGGAAAUUCUGCCUCUGCUUGCUCGUAUGGAGCUCAGUGGUUUAGGCGUAAAUCUCACAUCCCUCCAAGAGUUAUCGCAAGUAAUUCAGGAAGAAAUGAUUCAAUUAGAGAGUAUAGCAUAUUCUCUAGCUGGGAAGAAAUUCAAUUUUUCAUCAUCAAAAAGCGUAGCUCAGAUUCUAGAAUUGAACAAGGCUAAAAAAAAAGUGAGUACCAGUAAAGCCGUUUUGCAGCACUGUGAAAAUCCCAUAGCUCGACUAGUCUCGUCUUGGCGAAAACUAAGAGUAACGCAAGUUCAGGUUGUUUUUCCUUUGCUGAGCUUGGCCGAAUGCAACUCAAGAAUCCACGGAAAUUGCAUUACAAAUACCGCAACGGGACGAAUUUCAAUGCACGAGCCUAAUUUACAGAACGUCCCGAGAGACUUCAAUUCUCACGACGACAGCUAUAUAAUUAGUGUUCGAAUGGCAUUUGUUCCUAUGAAUGGAAAUCUAAUAUUAUCAGCUGAUUAUUGUCAAUUGGAGUUGAGAAUCUUGGCACAUUUCUCAGAAGAGCCAAAUCUCUGUCGAAUUUUACGUAAAAAAGGUGAUGUUUUCAAAAAUAUCGCAGCUCGAUGGUACAACGUUGCGGAGGAUAAGAUCGACGAUAACAUGCGCCAGAAAACAAAACAAUUAUGCUACGGUAUGAUAUACGGCAUGGGGACGAAGACUCUUGCGGAAACUCUUGCUGUUACCGAACGAGAGGCUAAGGAAUUUUUGGAAUCAUUUAUGGGGGCUUAUCCAGGAAUCCGUCAAUGGCUAAGUCAAGUUAUUGAACAAACUCGCGCCGACGGUUAUGUAACAACUUUUAUGUCACGUCGCAGAUUUCUUCCGGCGCUCAACAGUGAAAAAUCCAGUGACAGAUCUCAAGCUGAACGACAAGCAGUCAACACGAAAGUUCAAGGUUCAGCGGCGGAUAUAACGAAACGAGCUAUGGUACGAAUCGAUGAAAGGAUGCGUCGUGAAUUUCCAGAUACUACACCUCUCGUGCUCACAGACAUCCCAAUGAGACGAAAGUUGCGAAACACUAGUCCUGACAAAGUUGCCAGAGGUGGUCAUUUGGUUUUGCAAAUCCAUGACGAACUACUGUAUGAAGUGAACGCGAUGGAUUUGCAACAAGUAGGAAAAAUCGUCCAGGAGUCUAUGGAGAAAUCGUGUAGUUUGAGAGUACCUUUACCCGUUAAGUUAAAAGUGGGGCAAACUUGGGGUGAUCUCGCGGAAAUGAAGUUUGAAUAAUUGUUUCAUAUAGAGGGAGAUUUUUUUUUUUUUCAAUUGUAAAUAUCAUAGUGGUAGAGAAGAAGAAUCGUGAUGAAAAAAAUCGUUAUAUUUUUUAUAUACAUAACAUAUAUUUAUACACACGAAAUAGGAACAUUAAGAAAAUAUUUGUUUUUAUUGUUAUUGAUAUUUAUUGGAAAUUUUUUCUCAUUGUUUAUACUUAUGAAAUACAUAAUGGAAAACCUUA